AUGCAGUCGAUUCGCUUGUUUUUGAUUGCAGUCUCCGCAACGUUGGUGACAGUGUUCGGUGCUCCGGUGGAUCCCGUGGCCACACCGUACAUUUUGCAGUACGAGAGCAACAAUGCGGCCAACGAGGGAUACAGCUUCGAGUUCGAGCUGAGUGAUGAGCAGAAGCGCAAGGAAGAAGGGACGCUGCGGUUCACGAAGGACGCCGAGGGAAACGACGUAUCGUUCGUGGCCGUCCAAGGACACUACUCGUUCGUUGGGGACGAUGGCCGCACGUACUACGUGGAAUACACGGCGGAUGAGAAUGGGUACCGCACCAGGAUGAGCGCCGGCGACUACCCGGGCGAUACGGAUCGUUCGCUGGCCGGCCGCGCCGGCAGCCACACGACGACACCAGCGUCCAGGAGAAAUUGA